AUGAUUUGUCAUCAAUGUGGUGAAGACAAAUUAUCUGAUGAGUUUCCACAUGAACAUCUCACGGUAGAGUGCACUGAACAUCCAUUGCUGCAUUGUCUAAGGGUAAGUAAAGGCUACUUCAACUUGUAGGUAUAUCUAUAUAUACAUACAUGGAGCGUUUAUUCAAGGUGAACAGACUUCGUGAGGUUAAGAAGAAAUCGUGAGGUUAAGUUUAGUUAAGUUACAAACUUUAUACUUUCUUACAUAUAUUAUACACUUAAUUUAAUGUCCGCUCUCGAGUUUUUUGUUUUCCCGAGAGUCUCAAUGUUUCCCGACCCGAAGACGUCGAAACUAUUUCCCGAGGAAACAGACAUUAAGUGAACAAGAAAUUACAAUUUCAUAACAAAAACUAUAUAGUAUAAAUGAGUUUAAUUUAAAAUUAAAAGAACCUACUUAGACCGUUUCGGCAGCAUAUGCUGUUGCCUGUUGUGUAUUUUUCUUAUCUUUUACAUCCCAACACAAGGUUGUGAAAAAUUGUAGUUAAGGUUAUAAGUAGUUUAUAAACUUGCGAGUUGUAUCGUCAUUUUGUUAUUUAUUUACCGUAGCCGGUACGGCCCCAGUAGGGGCGGGCAACAAUUUUCACUUGUUACCCGGGUGGAUACAUUGCAUUUAUCUAAAACCACAUGACACAAAUCAGCCAAUCACAGUUGGUGCGCACCCCAGAUAAAUGUUGAGCUAGGCUACAGGCAACCUCGUACUCAGGGCCUGCCCGCCCGAUUUUUUAAAUUGUGCGGGCAGGCCCUGGGUACGAGUUUGGUCUGCAGGUAGGGCAGUGCCUGCCUUGCAGGCUACCCUAACCCAAUUAGCGAGCGCCAGCCUUGCAGGCUAGCUUUCGGCUGGAGACUCCAUCUUUGGGACUGAAUCUCCACCUUUGGUACUGGUUCGAUAAAUCUGGAUUAAAAAACUCAUUAAUAAUUCAUGAAGAAAACACAGAAAAAUCAUAAGCGUGUUGUAUCUGUAUAUAUGUGAUACAGAUUCAUGUUGAUUUACAUAAACUUUAACUUUGAUUUUCUCGGCUUAGACAACGUUUAUUUUUAAAAAUUACUUCGCCAAUGAACUCAUAAGAUGAGUCGUUUAUUUAUUUAAAUAAAUAAAUCCGUGUGUUUCCGCGUGUUACGAGUCGCGUGUUCCGCGUAUAUUCGAUACAACACGGUCGCUCAUGUUGUAAAUAGUACGAAAAACCUUGAAAACAUAUAGAAACAUCAACCAUGACAUCCCCAUCUAACUGGGCUUAAUUUUUUCAGUUGUUAGAAGCAACACGCUAACCGCAUGUGGCCCAAAAAACGUUUUGUAAACUGUAAAUUAUUCACGGUAAUAAGUAACCGCGCAAUAGGGAUAGCUAUGAUGAAACGUGCAACCACGAUGAAUAAUAUUUAAUGAAGUUGAGACAAAGGAUUUGUGCACGGCAAGGUACAGUUCAACAUCAAACAAAGGCCUUCAAUUUUGUAGCUCUGAAGUUUGGCGGGAUUCGAGACCAUCAUAUCUUUUUUUUUUAAACAAUCUUUUGUGAGGAAGCCUUAUCAUCAAAGAUAGUUUUCAUAAGGGACCUCAAAUAUAAGAAGGAAAUAAUUAUUUACAUAAAAUACUGGUACUGACUAUAAUUAUUCAGACUAUAAUAUAUAUCUACUCCAAACAGAAAACAGCAUGCAACAAGAUUAUGAAAAUUAAUUAAUUAGAAAUCCUAAGAAAGUUCAAAAGUUAAUUAAAUGGUCAACUAAGUCCAUACUUAAAGUACUAAGAUAACAAGUUAUUCGUUACAUACUGAGACAUAUUUGUUUUUAAAAGCUAAAAAGUUACUAGAAUCUUUAACAAAUGGCGGAAGAUUAUUCCAUUCAUGCAUUAAAAAACAUAUAGUGCGAUGUUUGUUGUCCCCAAUUGGUUCUACAAAGGGGGAGUCUUACUAACUGUUUUUUUCUUGUAUCAUGACAGUGUAAAUCACUCCCUUUAAUUUCUUCCAUAUUAAAGUCAACAUUAAUUAUUGUUCAAGGCUUUAUAAACAAAACUACAUCUGUGGAAUUGUCUUCUAUACGACAAAGGAUACCACUUCAACAUUGUUAAAGCCUGGCUACUAGAAGCAUCGAUUGGUAGAUCCAACACAGACUUUGCAGUUUUAUUAUGAAGAAUUUGCAGAUCAUUCAUCAGCGAUACAUUGUUUCUGUCACCCCAGACUAAAUCACCAUAAUCGAGAAGAGGCAAAAUUAAGCUGUUUACCACCAAAAGCCUUGCAUGGAAUGGCAGUAGAUGUUUGAUGCGUUUGAAAAUCCCAAGUCUCUUAGCCAAUUUAGCUCUAACAUAGUCAAUAUGGUCAGCCCAAGAAAGCGUCUCAUUGAUAAUAAUUCCAAGAUAUUUAUAGCUAUCUUUUCUUUCCAGAAUAUGAUCAUCAAUAGACAGUUCAAGGGAACCAAAACUCUUCAAUCGUUGCCUAAUACCUAUCAGCAUAAAUUUAGUUUUUAAAAAAUUUAAGGAUAGUCUAUUUUCGUCAAGCCAAGAUUUUAGAUGGAUCAAGUCUUCAUUCAAUUUGGUCUGAAGCUCACUAGGAGUAGAGGCUGAGCAGUAGAUCGCCGUGUCAUCUGCAAAUAUAGAGAUGCUUGCGUAUGAUGUAAACACGACGAGAUCGUUUAUAUACACGAAAAAAAGCAAGGGCCCCAAAACACUACCCUGAGGCACACCAAUAGACACUUUGCACUGGUUUGAAUAACAAUUAAUAAUAAUCAUAUCCUAUCAUAUUAAUAUUAAUCAUAUCCUAUAGACUAUAUGGCUAAAGUCGAUUACAGAGCACAGGCUAAAAGUCGGCUCACAAAUAUUAUAGCGAAGACCGAAAUUCUCAGGUUCACAGGUUAAGGACUGCAUGCAAACGUACACGUUAUGUUAUUUUUAAAUUAUGUUGUUUUAAAAUCAUACCACUGUAAUCUGUAGUAGUAGGUGGCGGCAGUAAAAAUUCGUUCUAGCUACUAACCUACUUGUGCAUGAAUCGACGACUUAAUUUGUCUGUGUAGGCAGAUGUCACAGAAUAAACAAGCCUCUAUUUUAAUAGCCCCAGCGACUAAACGCUCGAUAGAGUGUCUUGUUGUAUAAUCACCAUUGAGGGCUCUUCGCUGUAUUUGGCACGGUAAUUAAGAGCUAUGCCCAAAAAGCUAUGUCCUAAUUGUCCACCUUUCAAGACUUGCUCUACCUUUGCUCUACUUGACUCAUUGACAUAGAUUCAUGUCCAUAUUUUUUUAGUGUGUAACAGCGUCAGUGAGAGAUCACCAUAAGUGUUCUCAAUGCGAUGUCCAAGUUACAGAAGACAACAUGCAGUACAAGCAAUAUGUCAAGUCUUUGGAAUUCCUUUUUCCCACAAUUGCUACCGGUGAUGACGUAAAUACAGCCAGUCAAUCCCUUAGUCCAACUGAUGAUGAGUCAACAUCUCGCAUAGUGAUAACUACUUUUACUGGAGAGUGUACUACUAUUGUUUACAAUCCCAAUCAAACCAUUCUAAGUGUGAAGGAUAUUGUCGAGGAAGAAUUUAAGAUUUCUUGUUACAAGCAAUCCCUGUUGUACAACGACAUUGAGCUGAAGGUACUGUGCAUUUCAACUACUGAGCUUGAUGUGUGUUAUCAAAAUCUGAAUAUCGUAAGUUUGAUAAUAGGAGUGAAAUUGAACUUAUUAUAAAAUUACAUAACAUUAUAUGAUUACAUAUGGAAAUAAAAAUUUCGGUGUUGAAGAGCAGGCAGAGGCCCUGUAUUUUGCGGGCUGGUUGCGGGCUAACGCUUGCGCGUUAGUUAUAUACACUAUGACGUCAAAUCGUGCAAUGUGAUGUAACAAUCCAUAUUUGAUUAGCUGUCCAGUUGAUAUGACACUUCAUUUAUUUUUUAGAUAAUUUUAUGUUUUCUUUCCAUGCAGGCAAGAGGGCAGAACAACGAAGUUCUCAGGUUAAUUUAAAAGACUAUCAUGUUCAGCCCAACAGUACAAUAUACCUGCUAGUCUUAUUGUGGGCGGAACCCGAUGAACUUGAUGUCGUAUUCGAUUUCUUCUGGAAAUAUCCACACAGUGGCUGUAAUUUUCUCGAUGCUUCAGUACUACUUUACAGUGGUUCUCAAUUUGUUGAGGUGAUUGACUGCAACCACACUGCAAGUCAGUCGUGCUCAGCAGUACAACAUUCUGGCGAUGUAAUGAAUCAUGCCAAGCGAUUAGGUCAUUACUCCAUAAAUGUAUCAAUCAAAUCAAUACCAGUUCAUAUUAACAAGUUGGUGUUCACAUUGAGUGCCCGGAAUUCUCCAAAUAUCUCAAAAUAUCCAAAUCUAAGCCUAAAGGUUUUCGAUGCGAACUUUCCAGAUAAGGAAUUCAUCAUCAAUAAAAUAAGCCAUGCCUCCUAUCUCCAAGCUAUUAUCAUAUGUUGUUUGACCAACAAAGGAAGUAGAUGGGAAAUAAUCGAUAUCAAGAAAAUGUCCGCUGGCAAUGCUAAGAAUUAUGUGCCAUUGAAAAAGAGCAUUGUGGGUCUCUUACGAAAUGGUUUCAUAUGA